CAUUGGAUGUAACACAAAUAAGGAUGGCUGGUGGUCCAAAUUCAACAACUGGAAGGGUCGAGCUGAAAUCAUUUGAUACAUGGGGAACAGUAUGCGAUGAUGGUUUUGGAAUGCAAGAGGCUAAUGCUAUUUGUAGCAUGCUAGGAUACCCUCCAGCAGUAACGUAUUAUGUCGGUGCCCAUUAUGGACCAGGCACAGGGCCAAUAUUUGUGGACGAUCUGAGCUGUGAGGGAGACGCAAAACAUAUUAACAACUGCACCUAUAUUACAUAUGACAACUGUAACCAUGACAAAGAUGUUUCUGUUGUUUGCACAGAUUGCGGUGACCCUACACCUGAACAUGGACAUAUAAACUCAACAUUUACAAAUUACGGAGCAGCAGUUCAUGUGACAUGUGACAAGGAUUUUAAUCUGAUUGGCGAUUCUGAUAUUAUAUGUCAGCUUAACGGGACAUGGAGUAGCAUACCCGUCUGUAAACUUAUAGACUGUGGUGAUCCUAGACCAUCAAAUGGUAACAUAAACACUACAUCUACUAUUAACGAAACAGUUGCGAUGGUAUGGUGCGAUGACGGCUAUACAUUGGUAGGCGACUCUGUCAUAACCUGUCAGUCAAACGAAACAUGGACAAAUGAUCCAGUCUGUCAAAUCAUAGAUUGCAGUGAUCCUGAACCAGAUUUUGCUGAUGUAACAUUGCUUGAUAAUAAGACAACCUUUGGUGAGACAGCUGUCAUUAGUUGUUGGAAAGGAUAUACUCCAACUGCUAACACACUCGUGUCAUGUCUUGCAAACGGAACUUGGGAAGAAUGGCCAGACUGUGAAAUUGUAGAUUGUGGUACUCCUGUUCCUCAAAAAGGCUCUGCAAACAGCUCCGAGACGACAUAUAAUACAGUUUUGGAAAUAACAUGUGAGGUUGGUUACAACAUAACUGGAGACUCCAUAAUAAGAUGUCAAGCUGAUGGUACUUGGUCAGAUUAUCCGAGAUGUGAUACCUCAGACUGCGGGCAGUUUUCUGUGGCCAAUGGGGAAGUUGACACAUCUCUUGGAACAAAUACUGAUUCAUCUGCUACUAUAGUGUGCGAUGAAGGAUAUGACAUACAGGGUUCUUCUGUAGUAAUAUGUACAAGUACGGGGUGGAAUGAAUCCGUUACCUGCAAAGUCCAAGUCUGUCCGGAUCCUACGCCUGAAAACGGGAAUGUUGCUGACACCGAUAGAAUAGAUGAAUUCGUUUUCGGUAACUAUGCAUCUAUAGAAUGUGACACUGGAUAUGAAAUUCAUGGAGACAAUGUUGUUACAUGUGAUAAUGGUGGGGUUUGGAGCAAUAGACCUACGUGUAAAUUGAUUGAUUGUGGGGAUCUUACUGCUCCAAUGAACGGUAACAUAGAUGAUUCAAAAGGAACAAAAUACAGAGCUAAGAUAACUUUCACCUGUAAUGAAGAUUUCCUCUUGGUUGGUGAUAAAAAAUCAAAAUGUGGAGAAAAUGGCAAAUGGAAUAAUCAAGCUCCAACAUGUGUAGCUAAAUCUGAAGUUGGAGGACCUUGCAUAAGUAAAGAAUACUGUUUAAUGGAGGGUUCAAUGUGCAUUGACUCUGUUUGUGCAUGUUUCACUGGAAUAUAUGACAUUCGCACGAAGAAGUGUGAUAAAAUGCCACUUUUACCAUACGGAUCUGACCAAGGUGACGAUUAUAUACAGGAAACAGAAGUAUGUGGACCGACAAUAUCUUUUCCACCUGGAAUACCAGUUUCUAGAAAAAUUCGCACAAAUCUAUAUGUAUGCUCAUACGGCUUUCUUAGCUUUGACUCUCGGUACACGAAUCCUACACCACCAAGGAAAAAAGACAGAGUACUGACCUUUGGUAAAAAUACCAUCAUUGCCCCAUUUUUUGGUCCAAGAGAUAGACGGACUUCUGGUCCUGUUUACUACAGAUCAUAUGAUAUUUUGAAUUCAUACAACAGAAUGAAGGAUGACGCUGACUUGAUUUCUUAUGUUGAAAAUAUUGUAGUAAAAUUUGGAGAUCUGAAUUCGUAUGAGGCGAGCUUCAUUUUGAUUGCAACAUGGCAUGAAACAAGAGCGUUAGGAAUAGGCUUCGACAUUAGUAGGACAGCGACGUUUCAAGCAGUACUUGUGUCGGACGGAAAGUCAACCUAUGUGUUUUUUAUUUAUGGACACGGUCUAAUGCAAUGGAAUGACAAUGACACUAACGGCCCUCCAGUAUGGGUAGGUGUGCAUGUAGGCACUGGUGAUUCAUUGUCUUCCUUCACACACCCGUACGCCUUUACGCGACAAGUAUUACAACUGGACCUACAGCCAGAAGUGCCUAAUUCUGAAUGUGAUGUUGCUGGGCUGGUUUUUCGGCCAUUGCAUAAACACGGCGUUCCAUAUGUAAACGAUGCUGUUGAUUGUAUCAGAUGGUAUAAUGAUAAUUAUGAAGAUAAGAAACGUCUUGAUUAUAUUGCAAGCCUUACCCCAGAAUGUCCAUGUGAUAUAUGGCUAUCUAGAUUCGAUCCAUGGUUUUGGAAAAUUGGAUUACAGAGGCGGCGGAAAGAUGUUCAACACGUCUGUGUAGAUAUGCUUCAUGUGGGAAACUUCAGAAAAUACGGAAAGUCUUGUUGCUACGACUUGCGAACUUGGCUCUGGGAAUAUGAACGUCCGCUAGCUGGGGGAUUUCAGUUGUAUCAUCCACGCUAUCCCUUGGAUCAUAUUGUAAAUGAUGUUAUCCCAAAAACAAAAUGUUGUGUUAAAUCAAAUUAUUGUAACUUGUACUACCAGCUAAGACCGACAGGAUCGUGUUAUUUAUCUUCGCCAUAUGAUUAUGGAGCAUUCUGGGGAGAUCCACAUUUCAUAACACUCGACAGAAUGAAUUUUACUUUCAAUGGACUUGGAGAGUAUACACUAUUACGUGUACGAACAACCAACUUGACAUUUGACCUUCAGGCAAGAACAGAAAGAGCCAUAAAGCAAGAUGGUAACCUGUCCGAUGCGACAGUUUUCAGUGCAUUUGCUGUUAAAGAUUCCUCAAAUGCUUCUCUACAUGUGGAAAUAAACAGGGAAAAGACUGGUAUGAUUGUAUACGGAAACAACGUAGAUCUCACAAAACAGUUCUAUAGCAGUACUGACCCAGAAAACCCAUUUGUUUACUCUCCGAAUGAUCCUACUGAAGGGCGCUAUAUCAUUUCUAAAAGGGACGAAACUCUCAGUGUCUUAUUCACUACAAGUGGCAUCUCGCUAAAUAUAUCAGUAAAUGUUGGAAUGCUGUCGUUAAACACGGGUGUUCCAAAAGAAUUAAAAGGUCUAACAAAUGGAUUGCUUGGAAACUACGAUGGUGACCCGGACAAUGACUUUACAAUGCCUAAUGGAACGGUAUUGAAGCCAAAUCUUACAGAAAGAGAAGUUUUUGAGUAUGGAAAGACGUGGUCAAUAGAUGCGAACGAUUCAGCAUUUAAAUAUGAUGAGGAUAAGUCUCACUUCGACUUUCAUAAUGAUUCCUACGUGCCGCGAUUUCUUGAUGAAGCUGAUCCUGACAAAAGAGCUGCAGCAGAGAAAGCAUGUAAUGGUUCCCAAAAUAUCGAGUGCGUGUUCGAUCUCGUUUUCACAGAGAGUAUGGAAAUAGCUGAUCAAACAAGUAGAAUUAAAGAAGAGUUUGUCUCUACAAAAUUAGAACUAGAAGUAACAGUUCCAUCGCUUACAGGAUGUGACGUAACGUUUGCUGAGAAAGGUCGGAAUGUAUCUUGCAGUAUCAAUGUUGAAUCUGGAGAUGAAUUACAUUUUCUCGAGAACAAUGUAAAUGCUACAAUAGAUCCAGCGUCAUCUGCGAUAACAUAUUUUCAGGAAACUGAUGACCCUGUAUAUAUACGAGUUUCUUCAAAGAAUGAACAAGGUCGUUUUUCGCCGGCUUUUGUUGUGAAUAUCAUUCAUUGCACACAUUGUAGCGGUCAUGGAAACUGCACAAACCAAACGAGGGUAGACAGCCUUGACAGUGACCAUUUUAAAUAUGCUCAGUGUGUAUGUGAACCACAGUAUCAAGGUAUUAAUUGCGAGGAAGACUUUAAUGGAUGUUUAGCCAACCCAUGUUCUCUGCAGAGAAACUGCACUUCCUUAACAGCUGAAGAACAAAAGGCACAAAACAGGUCGUAUGUAUGCGGUCCAUGUCCAGCUGGCUUUACCGAUAACACCGGAGAUGUGUGCAUUGGUAUUUAA